AUGGAUUAUAGGAAUAAGGUGUUGGCAUGGUGGAAUUCAGUGUCGUCUUCUUCAAAGCUUGUAUAUUUUGUUGCAGUGCCAUUGAUUUUGGCUUCUGGGUUUGUUGUUAAACUCGACCAAACGCCCUCUAACGGCUUCUGGUCCUCUUCUACAAGUCAUUCAUGGCCACCUUCCGCCGCCAGUGAUGCUUCUAUUUCAUUUGGAAAUGUUUCUGUUUCUCCACAAUUUUCGCUGCCGGCAGCAGGCCAUGCCUUAGAAGCUCAACAACCGGUUAUCGAGAACGAAGAGAGCGUGACAUCUACUGGAUUAUGGAAAAAGUACAGUAAUUUAGAGAGAAUUGAAGCUGGUCUUGCGCGAGCUCGAGCGAUGAUAAGAGCAGCUCGAAAUAAAAAUGAAUCAUUAGAUGACCCUGAUUAUGUCCCUCGAGGUCCACUGCAUUUGAAUGCCAAUGUCUUUCACAGGAGCUACAUGGAAAUGGAAAAACGGUUUAAGAUCUAUAACUAUGAGGAAGGAGAACCCCCUGUUUUUCAUUUCAGUUCCAUGCAGGGCAUUCUAGGAAUGGAGGUGCCAUUGAUUUUGGCUUCUGGGUUUGUUGUUAAACUCAACCAAGUGCCCUCUAACCGCUUCUGGUCCUCUUCUACAAGUCAUUCACGGCCUCCUUCCGCCGCCGGCGAUGCUUCUAUUACAUUUGGAAAUGUUUCUGUUUCUCCACAAUUUUCGCUGCCGGCAGCAGGCCAUGCCUUAGAAGCUCAACAACCGGUUAUCGAGAACGAAGAGAGCGUGACAUCUACUGGAUUAUGGAAAAAGUACAGUAAUUUAGAGAGAAUUGAAGCUGGUCUUGCGCGAGCUCGAGCGAUGAUAAGAGUAGCUCGAAAUAAAAAUGAAUCAUUAGAUGACCCUGAUUAUGUCCCCCGAGGUCCACUGUAUUUGAAUGCCAAUGUCUUCACAGGAGCUACAUGGAAAUGGAAAAACGGUUUAAGAUCUAUAACUAUGAGGAAGGAGAACCCCCUGUUUUUCAUUACAGUUCCAUGCAGGGCAUUCUAG